AACAAACAUCGGUCAUGUGAAGAUGUGAACACUCCUAUUCCGCAGUGGACAUAAGAAGCCCACCGCACAACGCAACUUUCUCCCAGACACAAUUCGUUCACUUCGUUUCACCUCAGUGGGUCUCAAAGGAAGUCAAAAUGAGCGGUGUGCUUGUGCAGAACAUGUCCUUUAAGGCAGGACAGACUCUGGCUUUAACAGGAGUCCCCAAUGCUGAUUCCACAAAUUUUGCCAUUAACAUUGGUCACAGCGCCGAGGACAUCGCUCUACACAUGAACCCUCGUUUUGACGCUCAUGGUGACCAGCGCACUGUAGUGUGCAAUUCAUUCCAGGACGGCAAUUGGUGUGAGGAAGUCAGAGAAGGAAGCUUUCCAUUUAAUCAGAACGAGGAGUUCCAGUUAAAAAUCACUUUCACCAAUGAGGAAUUCCUGGUGACUCUUCCUGAUGGUUCUCAGUUUCACUUCCCUAACCGUCAAGGAGCUGAGAAGUACAAAUACAUGCACUUUGAAGGCGAGGUCAGGAUCCGUGGGAUUGAAAUCAAGUAGACUAAUCGCUUAAAUAAGGCUACCUGAAUGCUGAAUGAUUCUCUGCCUUGUUCUGUCACUUAUCCAGCUUUGUUAUUACACAAUUUUCACUUACUCAGUAUGGAGUAUCUCAAUCACACCCUUCUCAUUUGUAUGCCAAAUCAGCAUUAUCAUUCUGCUGUGGCACUGCCUAUCUAAACCACUAGAGGGAGCGCAACUACAAUAAAUUGCCAUGAGCUUUAGCGGUACUUGUGAACCUUUAUGUGAGGUUUCCAACUAGUUUAUUUUUCCUACUACUUUUCUAUAAUAAAACAUCAUGUUCUUAAAUCUGGUUUGUAACUAAAGUGAAUUCACAAGCUAUAGCUGUUGGCAUAUAAAAUAAAACCUGUUUUGACAAAUAAA